AUGGCUCUACUCGAUGCCCCCCAGGCCAAAGGCGCCAUGAAGGGGGGUCCAACUCUCUUUGGAGUGCCCAUGAAGCAGGCAUCACUCAUUACCUUGACGUUCCAAAACUCAGCUCUUAUCCUCAUCAUGCAUUACAGUCGGAUAAUGCAACCGUCUGGAGACCACAGAUACUUCACGAGCACGGCAGUGUUCCUGAACGAGGUCAUCAAGCUUGCCAUUUCUGCCACAUUUGCCCUCUAUGAUGUCUCAAGGAGCCUUGCGCCCCAGACGCCUGCCACCGUACUGUUUGAGCAGAUAUACCACUCAGUGUUCAGCGGGGAUGGGUGGAAACUGGCAAUACCCGCGACAUUGUACACCUUCGAGAACACGCUGCAGUACGUGGCUCUGGGGAACCUGGACCCAGUGCACUUCCAGGUCCUGUAUCAGCUGAAGAUUCUCACGACGGCCGUCUUCACCGUUCUCCUCCUCGGCCGACCUCUUAGUGCCAAGCGCUGGACAGCUGUGGUACUCCUCACAAUCGGCGUCGCUGUUGUGUCCUUGCCCACCGAUCCGAAAGAACCUUCGAUAUCCAUCCACGACUACAGUGACCACUUCUUCCCGCGAUCGAUGCACGAACUCGGACAAGCUGCAGGCGGAGCGGUCGAUGUGGCGCGCCACCUUACGAAGAGAGCCGUGGAUGGGCUCACCGAGGGCGUAACGAGUCUACACAAGCGAUCAGCCACGUACGAGGGCAUAGAAGAAGAUCUCGACGUGGGGCCGAAGAUGAACUAUUCUCUCGGUGUGAGCGCCGUCCUCGUUGCAGCCGUCCUGUCUGGCCUCACGGGGGUAUAUUUCGAAAAGGUGCUCAAGGAGUCGAACUCGCCCGUUUCUGUAUGGACGCGAAACAUUCAGCUGUCGUUCUACAGCCUCUUUCCUGCUCUCUUCUUCGGGGUCAUCAUGAAGGAUGGAGAGGAAAUUGCCAAACAUGGGUUCUUUGAGGGCUACAACUCCGUCGUUUGGACAGCUAUCGUCUUCCAAGCGAUUGGCGGCGUGCUAACGAGCCUCUGCAUAAACUACGCGGACAACAUUGCCAAGAACUUUGCUACAAGCAUCAGCAUUGUUGUCAGCUUCAUAUUUAGCCUCUGGUUCUUCGGCUUCCAGGUAUCUGUCAUGUUCGUCUUUGGCACCGCCUUGGUCAUCUUCUCGACAUGGCUGUACAGUGGCCCCGACAGGAAGCGCGGUCGACCGCCGCCCAUCAGCAUCGUCAGCUACGAGAAGACAGUCAUCGCAUCCACGCCAAGACUGCAAUCUCCAGAGGACACCAAGUUGCUCAAUCCGAUGGAUUCCGCUACAUCCCUCGGUCUGUCGACCUCCAGGCCAUCGACGCCAUUGAGACACCAUGCGAGGGUCCCGUCUGCUAGAGGCAAGGCGCGAGACGAGUAG